AAAAUCUAAAUUACUGACUAUCAUCGAAUCGCAGAGAGAGAAAUAGACAAUGGACAGAGACUGGGGUUCGAAGCCGGGAAGCGGUGGCGCCGCCUCGGCACAGAAUGAGGCUAUCGACCGUCGCGAGCGUCUCCGCCGUCUCGCCCUCGAAACCAUCGAUCUUGCCAAAGAUCCUUAUUUUAUGCGCAACCAUCUUGGCAGUUACGAGUGUAAGCUGUGUCUGACUUUACACAACAAUGAAGGGAAUUACUUGGCUCACACUCAAGGAAAACGACACCAAACCAAUUUGGCCAAGAGAGCUGCUCGUGAGGCCAAGGAGGCUCCUGCUCUGCCACAACCUAACAAACGCAAAGUUAACAUUCGCAAGACAGUUAAAAUUGGUAGGCCUGGAUAUCGGGUGACUAAGCAAUUUGAUCCAGAGACAAAGCAGAGAUCCCUUCUCUUUCAGAUUGAAUAUCCUGAGAUAGAAGACAAUACAAAGCCAAGACACCGGUUUAUGUCAUCCUUUGAGCAGAAAGUGCAACCUUAUGACAAGAGAUACCAGUAUCUUUUAUUUGCAGCAGAACCUUAUGAGAUCAUUGCUUUCAAGGUUCCAAGCACAGAAAUUGAUAAAUCCACUCCUAAGUUCUUCUCACAUUGGGAUCCUGACUCAAAGAUGUUCACGUUGCAGUUGUAUUUCAAAACCAAGCCACUAGAGGCAAACAAACCUCAAUCUGCUCCUGCAGCUAAUGGCACAGCAGCUCCCGGUGUCCCACCAAGGUCUUUGCCGCCACCACCCCAAGCUCCACCGCCACCACCACCUCCACCCCAAGGAUUACCAGCAGGAUCUAGACCACCACCACUGCCGGUACCUGGAUCAUUACCCCCUCCUCCUCCUCCUCCCAUGGCCAAUGGUCCUAGGCCUAUGCCUCCAGGUGGAGCUCCACCUGCGCCCCCUCCACCUCCUGGUGGCAGCGGCACAAUGGCAAAUUUCACUCCUGGUGUUCAGGUUAGACCAACAAUGCCUCCAAUGCCUCCACAACAGAUGUAGGGUCAGGCUUUAUGUGUCUGAGCUUCACCUCCCAAACUGGUUGGAUUUCAUAGCCUUCUGAAUGUUUGUGAGCACAUCUGUACGUGUCUAAGCCAGCUACCAGCUACCGAGGAGUGGAUGGAAUUUGCCAGAACUCGAGUGUAAUAUUUAUCCAAUUAAUAUUUAGUGAUUUUCCUCUUAACGAAAAGAGCAUGUAUACAUUUUUUUCAUCGAAUUCGGGACUAAAAAAUAUAAAUAUUUAGUAUUGAAUCAUGGUCAGUUUUAAUGGGGGAGAUGACAUUGAAUGUCAAUUUUGAA